AUGACUACCACAGUUAGACCAAAAGUUUUAAGAUUGGGCAGAAUUGAUUUUGCUCAAGCCAAAUGGGACCAAGUUGCUAAAAUUGCUGACAUCAUUGAUUGCGAUUCCCAAAAUCGUGAUGAAUUCAUAAAGGAUUUACAAACCAAAUAUAAGGAUAUUACCAAUAUUGCAAGAACUUAUGCAUCUGUUGAACAAACUGGAAGAUUUGAUGCUGAAUUAGCCAGUCACAUGCCAGAAACAUUAAAGUCAAUCAGUCACAAUGGUGCUGGUUAUGAUCAAAUUGAUGUUCAGCCAUUUACUGAUAGAGGAAUUCAAGUUUCUAAUGUUACUGUUCCAGUUGAAGGACCAACAGCAGUAACUGCUGUUUAUUUGGUAUUGACCUGUUUAAGAAACUAUCAAGUUGGACACCAAAUUUUAGUUAAUGGUGGCUGGGACGCCAAAAAAUGUGGUGGUGCCAAAUUGGGACAUAGUCCAGAAGGUAAAGUUGUUGGUAUUUUAGGUAUGGGUGGUAUUGGAAGAGCUAUUAGAGAUAGAUUGCAACCAUUUGGAUUCUCCAAGAUUGUCUACCAUAACCGAAAACCACUUUCUAAAGAAUUGGAAGGAGGUGCUGAAUACGUGACCAAAGAAGAAUUGUUUAAAGAAGCUGAUAUCAUUUGUAUAAGUGUUCCUCUUAAUUCCCAUACUAGACACUCAAUUAACAAGGAAACUAUUAACCAGAUGAAAGAUGGUGUUAUUUUGGUAAAUACUGCCAGAGGUGCUGUUGUUGAUGAGAAGGUUAUCCCAGAAUUGAUUAAAUCAGGAAAGAUUGGUGCAUUUGGUGCAGAUGUCUUUGAGAAUGAACCAGAGGUUAGUCCAGAAUUGUACGAAUUGCCAAAUGUCGUUUCCCUCCCACAUAUGGGUACUCAUACUAUUGAAGCAUGUAGAGAAAUGGAAGAAUGGGUCGCUGAAAAUGUCGAAUCUUAUAUCAAGACAGGCAAAGUUAAAACCAUUGUUCCGGAACAACAAGGUGUAUUUUAG